AGGGGCCGAGGCCGCGCGGAGGCGCAGUCGGGCCGCGGGGACCGUCCCGGACUCUCCCCAGCGCGCGUCCCGCCCGCUCGCCCGGGUCCGCGGCGCGCCCAGCUCCGGCCGCGGCGGCUGCGGCGGCGUCCCCCGAGCGGGGCCGGCCGCUCCCGAGCGCGCGCGGGCGGCGCGGGGCGAGGCGAGGCGAGGCGAGGCGAGGCGAGGCGCGCGGCCGGCGGCCCGGAGCGGCGCGCGGGCCCCCCCGCCUGGGCGGCGGAGUCGGGCGGCCCGGCCGGAGCCUUGAAAAGCGGGCGAGAGACAAAGGCGGCGGAAGCGUCCCCGGCGCCGGGGCCCAGCGCGCAGCCCGGGGCCUCGCCGGUCCCGCGGCCGGGCCGGGCGCGCGGAGGAUGCGGCAGGGCGCGCGGGCGCGGCGGCGGCGGAGCGGCGCGGCCCGGGCGCGGCGGGGGUAGCCCCAGGCGGGCGCCGGGGGGAGCGGCGGGCGCCGUCCCCGCCCGGGAUGUGAGGCGCGCGGGCCGGGCGGGGGAGGCGCGGCGGCCGAGCGGCAGGAAGGAAGGAAGGAAGACGGGCGCGCCGGGAGGAGGAGCGGCGAGGCGGCCGGAGCCGGAAGGCGGGGAGGGGCCGGCCGUUGGGCCCGAGGCGGCGGCCGCGGCCGGGGCGAAGCGCGCGCGGCGCCUCCCGGGGCCCGAGCGGCGGGGCCCGCGCCCCUCCCCCCGGCGCCGCGGCGGGGGGCGCAGGAAGAUGGAGACGCACAUCUCGUGCCUGUUCCCCGAGCUGCUGGCCAUGAUCUUCGGCUACCUGGACGUGCGGGACAAGGGGCGCGCGGCGCAGGUGUGCGCGGCCUGGCGGGACGCCGCCUACCACAAGUCGGUGUGGCGGGGGGUGGAGGCCAAGCUGCACCUGCGCCGGGCCAACCCGUCGCUGUUCCCCAGCCUGCAGGCCCGGGGCAUCCGCCGGGUGCAGAUCCUGAGCCUCCGCCGCAGCCUCAGCUACGUGAUCCAGGGCAUGGCCAACAUCGAGAGCCUCAACCUGAGCGGCUGCUACAACCUCACCGACAACGGGCUGGGCCACGCGUUCGUGCAGGAGAUCGGCUCCCUGCGCGCCCUCAACCUGAGCCUCUGCAAGCAGAUCACCGACAGCAGCCUGGGCCGCAUCGCGCAGUACCUCAAGGGCCUGGAGGUGCUGGAGCUGGGGGGCUGCAGCAACAUCACCAACACCGGCCUCCUGCUCAUCGCCUGGGGCCUGCAGCGCCUCAAGAGCCUUAACCUCCGCAGCUGCCGCCACCUCUCGGACGUGGGCAUCGGGCACCUGGCCGGCAUGACGCGCAGCGCGGCCGAGGGCUGCCUGGGCCUGGAGCAGCUCACGCUGCAGGACUGCCAGAAGCUCACGGACCUGUCUCUGAAGCACAUCUCCCGGGGGCUGACGGGCCUGAGGCUCCUCAACCUCAGCUUCUGCGGGGGCAUCUCGGACGCGGGCCUCCUGCACCUGUCGCACAUGGGCAGCCUGCGCAGCCUUAACCUGCGCUCCUGCGACAACAUCAGCGACACGGGCAUCAUGCACCUGGCCAUGGGCAGUCUGCGCCUCUCGGGGCUGGACGUGUCCUUCUGUGACAAAGUGGGGGACCAGAGCCUGGCUUACAUAGCCCAGGGGCUGGACGGCCUGAAGUCCCUUUCCCUCUGCUCCUGCCACAUCAGCGACGAUGGCAUCAACCGCAUGGUGCGGCAGAUGCACGGGCUGCGUACGCUCAACAUCGGACAGUGUGUGCGCAUCACCGACAAGGGCCUGGAGCUGAUCGCUGAGCACCUGAGCCAGCUCACGGGCAUAGACCUGUACGGCUGCACCCGCAUCACCAAGCGUGGCCUGGAGCGCAUCACGCAGUUGCCCUGCCUCAAGGGAUUGCUCUGCUUUUGCCGGUGGAGUGGCCUGUACCAAUCCAGAACAUUUGGUACUAUGUACAGCCAAGUCUUCCCAUUCAGGUGCAAGAGAAUGUAAGCUUGAAUUUUAACUAUGAAGUACUAGCAUUGGGUGUAUUAAGCACCCCCACCCCAAAAAUAAAAAUAGAAGUGGAAUUCCUCUGCCUGCUAUUUGUUAACCCAGAAAAGUGCACGUUUGCUGUUAAAAAUAAGACAAAUUCUUACUAUCUUACUCUUCUACUUUGCUUUUCUUUGUGAUAAUGGAAAGCAAUGAGUCUUAAUUAUACAGAAGAAUGAGGUCUUCUGGCAAAAUAGUGUUAGGCACGUGAAUGUAUCUGCUGGAGGAAUUUAGUCAUAACACAGUAUUCGAUUUCUCUUGUCUCAAAAUUUUUGUUUUCCCAAAUCUGGCACAUAUUGUACAUUUAAUUCUGUAAGUGGGAAAAGAGGAAUCUGUAUCAGAACUGACUAAUAACCAUAUAAAUGGUGAGCAAUACACAGGUAGCUGUUUGAUCUCUUUCCCAAAACACUGCAAGGGACCCCCCACCCACUGCUCCAUAAAGGUACCGACUGAGAGCACAUAUUUUCCUGGGGAGUAAAGCAAAAAACCCCAAAUACUAAAAGUCAUUGUUACUGUUUAAUAAGCCUUCAAUUACGCAAACUUAGAAAUGUUUUGCAAGAAGCUGAAAAACUAGGGCAAGUUGGUAAGUGGGCUUUAGGGCACCAGGAGCCAGGAGUGUCAGAUCUGUCACCUGUUCUCAGAGAACUUGAGCCACUUCCAAAAACACUGCUUUGUUACAAAUCGUAAAUGUGAAGGACAACCACUGGAAGGCCAUGCUCCUGAUAGCCUCAAAGCUGAGAAUUUACACACGUUUAACGCUACAAUGUGUGUCACACGAUCCUUUUGAUGAAGUAGAGUCACACUACCAAGAAACACUAGCUAUUUUCAUUCGAGGAUAAAAAGGCUCAACUUCACAGAUGUUUUAGUUACAAAUCCCUCUUGUUCAGAAAGAGUAAAAGGGUCUAAUUUGUUCAUAUCAGGCACCCUCUUAAUGUUUAUCACUCCUCAAUUUACGUAAUCCACACUCCAGAAGGAUCAGGCCUAGCACACAGCUGUCUGUCAAUAAUUACUUCUCAUAUCGUGGAUAUAAGUUACGGCAAUUGGACGGUGGGCAACAGUUCUUUGUGACUGGGUUAAUUUUUUAUGAGUAGUGUGGAAUUGGAAAGUAUUGUUUUCCUCGUCCAAAAUGAACAGGAAAAUAUUGACUACAAAUGUGCAUAGUAUUUCUCCUUAGGAACUCUUUACCCCAAACUGGUACAUGUUCAUGAACACAUUUAUGAAGGAAUAAAUACCUGCUUCCGUUUUGCUUGCUGAGUGCUCCUAAAUAAGGAAUAACCAAAAAACUUAGUCCUGAUAGUCCUUAGAUUCUUUAGUAAACUCACUGAGGUGAAAACUGGACAGAUGGGUAAAAAGGAAGGGAGAAAUGGCAAUAGCUAAGUCCCUCAAAUUUUUAAAGUUCUUAGAUGGGAGAAAAGCUAAUUAGUGCCUUCCAGUCUGACUUUGAUGUUUUAAAUCUUAGCUUCAUAACUUAAAAGCCCAAUGCUGUGAACUACAAAAGAAAAAAAAGACCAGUAGGUACCUAUUAAGCGAACAAUAUUAGAGUGCAAUUUCUAGCCCUUCUGGUUCAUUUCAGAGGCAUAACAUUUAGAUUCUUUAAGGAAUUUGGAGAAACCGUGUGGCCAGGAUCUAUGGUCUGAAAGGGAUCUAGCUUGCAGUUUGCUGCUAUGGGGAGCAGAGAAUGUCUUCAGGUUUUCAGAGCCUGGAGUUGAUAGAUGACUGGCUCUUCCAAACCUGGCUGACGUCUGUGCACUUGAGCCAGAUGCCCUCCCAUUGUGCGCAGAGUCAAGUGGCGACAAUCAGAACAGCGUGACCCAGAGGAAGCAGCUGGCCCAUCUUUCUCCCACACGUAACGGUCUGAUUUUCAAUGGAACUGCAGAAACUCACUGCAGUAAGUACGACACAGGAUUUAGCAGCUAAUAGCCUCAUCACUAUUUACUUUCAGAAAUAAAAAAUGUACAAGUUAGAAGAUAGGAGUCAAACGCUCUGUUUUCUUCAAAGGUGUGUGUGUAUGCUGCGGGGGAAUCAUUUCUGUCUCCUCUAGAUUGUUCCUUGACUUCUUCCCAGAAGACAAGAACAAAACAAAACAAGAGCUCUCCCCACCACUCACACACUAGCAAUGCUCCCUGUUGGGAUGCGGCUAGCAUGGUGUCCACACCAGUACCAGAGGUAGUUUACCUCAAGUUUAAGAUGAUUUUAGGAUCCACUAUAAGGCAGAAAAAAUAAGUACCUAAGUGCAAAACUACUUGUCUGGAUGGCCAGUGUAAAGACGCAAUUUGCUGGCAGUCUGCAAGCCCUU